UACUAGGCUUGUCAUUGCUGAUACUUAAGCCAAUAAGAAACAUGUUUAUACCGAAUAGCCAAUAGAGAGUCAGAGGGUGGGAUUUCCUUGGGCAAAGCGGUAGUAGUCGGUCUGUGUGCCAGUGAAAGAAACAGACUCACUUCAGUUUGUUUUUUAUGGUUUAUAGCAAUUACUUGUCGGGGAAAAAAAAAAAAAAAAAAACACAGCACAUUAAAGACCAACAGUUCAAAACCAGCUGUGUUAUGGAAGUGGACAAAAUGGACGAGAACGAGUGGAAAUAUCACGGAGAAGGGAACAAGAGCCUUGUGGUCUCUCAUGUUGAGCACUCUCAAGUUCUGCGCUUUUUAAAAUAUCCAGCUGAAGAACCUGGAAAGUCCCAUAAGGCAGCAAAGGAAGCAUUUGGCCAUCUACAGAACAUUGUUGACUUCAGUAAGAAUGUCAUGAAGCCGUUUCUGGGAGAAAACUAUGUCCAUCAUGGGGAGGUUGUACAUCUACCAUUGGAUUUUGUUAGGCAGCUCUCUUUAAAGGUUGAACAAGAAAGACCAGAAUCCCGCUGUGAUAAGGUGAUGGAUAUUUUCAGCGGCUAUGCUUUGUGCCUACCAAAUCUAACCAAACUCCAGACUUGCCAUUUCAGUGAAAGCGGGCCCCCGCUUUGUAUAGAGAUAAAGCCAAAAUGUGGUUUUCUGCCUUUUUCAAGUCAUGUCACAAAGGAUGUUAAACACAGAGUGUGUCGAUUCUGCAUGCAUCAACACCUAAAGUUAGCUAAUGGAAAGUGGAAAAGAAUGAGUCGAUACUGCCCUCUUGACCUUUUCUCGGGAAAUAAACAGAGAAUGUCCUUUGCCUUAAAGAACUUGCUACAAGAGGCACAAAACAACCUGAAAAUCUUUAAGAAUGGUGAACUAAUAUAUGGUUGUAAGGAUGACAAGGAUUGCCUGCAGGACUUGAAUGAACUCACUCAACACUUGAAACCAUACUUCUUUCCUGCCAAUGGUCUAAUCCACGGUCCACAUUGCACAAGGACUGUUAUCAAUGAACUCAUAAACGUGAUCACAACAGCAUUGCUAAGUAACUCGGGCACCUGCAGGACAGGUGAAAUCAGGAAAUUGCACAUUUCAGAGGGAAGGGCCCACUGUGAUGCAAGCCACUUCCACAGAGACAUCCUAAGAAAAGGUCAUUGUGGUCUGCCUAAAGAUUGCGUUCUUUCUAAGAUUCUCCAAGCUCAGAUGCUGGAUAAUGUAGAUAUUGAAGGACUUCACCCUUUGUAUAAUCGUGUGGAACAGUAUUUGGGUGAAUUCCCUAAAGAAAGGAUCAAAUUACAGAUCGAUGGGCCGUACAACGAAAAUUGCUUUGAAAAACUGCGAAAUUCACAAUCUGAAGAUGAUGGAACAGUUGAUUAUGCAGUUCGAAAGGUUCAACAGUACAGGGUAGCAAUGACUGCAAAAGACUGCUCGAUAAUGAUAGCACUUUCACCUUGUCCAGAUGAUGAACUACCAGAGCCUAAUUUAGUGAUUCAGACAUCGAAGUCCAGGCUUAUUUAUUCAGUGUCCAUCCUGGAUUUGGACCCUAAACCAUAUGAAAACAUUCCACAUCGGUAUAAGCUUGAUGGACAAAUAGUCAAUUUUUACCUAAAGAGCACACAGGUGAAACAAGACCCUCCAACUCCAAAUCUCUUCAUGGACAGUGAGGACUGCACAUUGGUUCUCCACUCGGUAUGAAUGCGUCAAGGGCGUUUUACAGCGUUUCCAUUCAAGCACGAGUCCAAAACAGGAGGAGCUUGAUGAGCUUAUGUUAUUUCAUUUUGGUUCAACAAUAUGCCAUAUGGUUUGGUGUGAAGAAAGGUGCAGCGGUAGAUUCUUUAUACUACAGUAUACAUUAGAUGGUAUAUACUAUGGUAUACAUUUCUACAAGUCUUGCAGUGACAGAUUUAAGUUGAAAGUUUGAUAUGCUUGAGACACUUUACAAAUGGCAGCUUGCAGAAAGUUUUAGAGAUGCAAAAUUAAUUCUUAAUUAGAAUCAUGUUAAAAAAAAUUAAAGCACAGUAAGCACUGUCUAUUCAUUGUCACUAACUUAUUGAUAUAUCUUACAAAGGAUGCAGAAUGCAGUUAUUAGGAUAUGGCUUGUUCUGUUUCUCUGUACAAAACUUAGUCAUAUUUCAAUUUAUAAUAUCAGUUUCAACUGAUAUUCGAUUUUUACCUCCUGUGUUAGGAAUGGUACAUUAGUGAAUGGUAUACCAUGUCAUAAAUUAAACCAAACUAAUUGAUAAAAAUAAAAUUAAAAAUUAAAAUUGAUAAACAUAAAUUAAACCAAACUAAUUGAUAAAAUCUUUUUUUUUUUUUUGUUGUCUUCAAUUUUUGGAGAACACUGGUCCUACUGGUUACUUGACACAACCUAUUUUAGCCCAUGUAGAUCUAAAAUGCAAGACAUCUGGUUAGAUAUAAAGGAAUCUCAUGGGCACCAGUGUAACCAGUGUACCCAGAACGGUGAGAAUUAAAGGUCAUAAUUUUUUUUCAGAAAAGUAGGUGUCUGUUGUGAAUGGUGUUGGGUGCCUCACUUGCUGUAACACUAACAAUCAAGCAACUCCUUUCCUUGCAAGAACAAUUCUGAGAACCGAAGGGGCAUGAAAAAGCAAGUGAUUUCCUUAAUUUAAUGCUUUGCUCAUUUCACCUGAAUGAAAAAAUUUGUGGCUCCUGAUCCAUUUCAAUAUAUUUUCAGGGACAGUAUUUCGAAUGUGAAACUAAAUUGAAGCAUUUUAAAUGAUGAAUGUGUGAUGAGGUGGUUAAGUCUAGCACAGGGGUAGGCAGCUCUGGCCAUGCUGUUCCAUUCCAGGUUUAAUAGGUAGAAUUAAUUUAUUUAGUCAGAGGUUUUAUUACUUCAAGACCUAGACUUGAAAGUGCCAACAUUGCCUACCCCUGGUCUACCCCAUCAACACCCAUGUAUGUUAACAACCUCUUCACACUAACUAAAUAACACACAAUCAUCAAGUUUAAAAAAUCAUAAAAAGUUAAUUGUGAAUGAAGAUUUCCUGGUUUCAGUGUUUAUCACACAUUGUUUAGAGAGGGUGAAAUAAAAGAAAACCGAUUAUCUAAUUGAACUGUAAAUAACUGCAGAACCCGAAUGGUUUACUAAACCAAAUUUGCCCUGUACAGUUUGACGAAAUCUAGUUAUGGGUGUUUCUGUUAACAGUUAAACUGUGCCAUGUUGCCUUGAUCAGGUGCUUCUGUUUGGCAAAAACCUUGAAGGAAUUUGAGGGUUUUGCAGGUGACAAAAAUAUCUAGAUAACUAAACUGCUGCUAAUUCAGAUAUCUUUCUCUGGUAAUCUUACUAUGCCAGUGGGGGUUGCGACUUCGUAGUAAACUUUUUAAAGAUUCAAAUAUGUUUUGGUAUUUUAUUGCUUGUUUAAAAUAGCGCACUUCAUUUAAAAUAACUCUGUGAUUAACUCUUUCAACACUGCAGACUUGUAAUGAGAGGUCUAGGAAAGAUGACCAGUAAACUACUUUUGGGUACGCCUAUUUGUUAUUUAUUUUUGCAAGCACGACACAAGCUGUUAAAUACUUUACCUUUAUGUAAAGUUGGUGGUAGAUUCAAUAAAGAAAAAAAGGCAGCUUUAUGACCAGCAUUGCUUCCCUGUUUUAUGGUGGUAUGCAAACUUCCAGACACCCCUGGACAAAUCACAGAAUGAGCAAGUGUCAAAAUUAACUGUGCCUCUGAAAAGUUUAACUGAAUGUAGCCGUAGAUCUGGGAAAUUAGAAAGUGCUGAAGGUGUUAACACAGAGACUCACAAAUAUGACCACUUUGCCAAAAGAGAACCGUCAGUGUUGUUUUAAAUUCGGCUUAUGCCAAUCACAACUGUAUUCAACUUCAUGCAAUGGCCAUGAAUUUGUAUUGUUAACAAAUGUUUAAAAAAACCUACAGAAAUAAUAAAAUAAUCAUUGUAUCUGA